UCGAUUAUCUUUUCUUUCUAAUUUAAUGGCUAAUCGGACUGUUAAAGAUGCUAGGACUAUAAAAGGAACAAAUCCUCAAUAUUUAAUUGAAAAAAUUAUAAGGACCAGAAUAUAUGAUUCAAGAUAUUGGAAGGAAGAAUGCUUUGCCCUUUCUGCUGAAUUAAUUGUUGAUAAGGUGCUAGAAAUAAGAUAUCUAGGUGGUGUUUAUGGCGGAAAUGUUAAACCUACUCCAUUUCUAUGCUUAGUUUUAAAGAUGUUGCAAAUUCAGCCAGAGAAAGAUAUAAUAGUUGAAUUAAUAAAGAAUGAAAAUUUUAAAUAUAUGCGGGCUCUUGGAGCUUUUUAUUUAAGAUUAACGGGGACAUCUUUAGAUUGCUAUAAAUAUUUGGAGCCUCUUUAUAAUGAUUAUAGAAAAUUACGAUACAUGAAUAGACAAGGAAAAUUUGAAUUACUUUAUAUGGAUGCAUUGAUAGACAAACUUUUGCAUGAUGACAGAUACUGUGAUGUAAUAUUACCACGUAUUCAAAAAAGAGAUGUUUUAGAAGAAUCUGAAAAUUUGGAACCGAGAAUAAGUGCAUUAAAUAUUGAUAUGGAUGAGAAUGUUUCUACAGCCGAAGAAGAUGAUACACACAAGAGAAAAAGAAGCAUAUCUCCUCAAAGAUUAAAAAUUAGGAAGAAAAAACACAAAAAGAGUGAAAAAAAUAAAUCUAGAAGUAAAUCUAAAGAAGGGGAUCACCAUUCCUCCCACCACUCAAAGCACCAUAAGGUAAAUGGAGAAUCAAAAUCAGAAAAAUCAAAUUCCAAAAUAUCCAAGGAAGAACUAGAAGUCGAAAACGCAAGGCGAAAAAAAUUGGGUAUCCAACCUUUGAGGGCUUAAUAUUUUUGUAGUGAAUUACAAAGGAAAAUUUUUAUUUUCAUCGUGUAUCAUUUAUAAAUUUAGACCCGUACAUAUAUUUUGUAAUAUAAAUAAUAAUUUAUAUAAAUUGUACAUAAAUAAUAUUUCUGUUAAAUCGCCAUAAAACGGAGAAGAAGAAGUAGAGUUGUUAUUUGUUAGGUAGAUGGGUUCGAGCCAAGCGGCUCAACUAAGGAUAUUAAAAAAGAAAAAUACUAUUUUUGUUUAAU